AUAGCCACAGAAAUCGUAACACAAUUUAACCUGGGCGGGUCCCGGUUCCGUGGGAGGAUCACAGUUUAACACAGAUGAAGACUUCUCCACGCUGCUUUCAAACUAACCCCCAGGUGUGAGCGAUGCAGUUCUGCAGUACUCGGGGGGGAGUCCAUGGAUGGGACUUCCAGCAGGUGCUUUUCUCCGGUUUUGCUCCAGACGGAGGGAUGUUCAUGCCUGAAAGUGUUCCUGUGCUGAGCCCCGAGACCCUGAGGAGCUGGGGGGGGCUGAGCUACACUGACCUGGUGGUGGAGGUGGCCUCUCUGUUCAUCCCCCCCCAUCUGAUCCCCAGAGAGGACCUGGAGGGGUUAGUUAAUGAGGCUCUGAGUGGAUUCUCAGUGCCCGAGGUGGUGACUGUCUCCCGGCUGAAGGACGGUCUGUCCGUCCUGGAGCUUUUCCACGGAGAAACCUUAGCCUUUAAGGACCUGGCGAUGACCUGCACCGUGCGCUUCCUCGACUACUUCCUGCAGAAACAGAAUCGCAGAGCUACAGUCAUUGUGGGAACAUCAGGAGACACGGGGGGGUCGGCCAUCCAAAGUGCGAAGGGCCUCAGAGGACUGGACGUUCUGGUGGUUUUUCCUCGAGGACGCAUCACUCCAGUCCAGGAGAAACACAUGAUCACCUGCCUGGAGGACAACGUGCACGUGUUUGCAGCUGACGGCAGCUCAGACGACAUCGACCAGCCUCUGCGUCGCCUUUUUGCCGACCAGGAUUUGGUCCGAGCUCACGGCCUGAUGAGCCUGAACUCUGUGAACUGGUCCAGAGUCAUGGUGCAGCUCGCUCUUAUCUACGCCUACCUGCAGCUCAGCGGGGUGAAGCAGGCGGAGGGAGAUCUGCCUGAACUGGAGGUGGUGGUUCCUACUGGGGGGGGCGGGCAACAUCGCAGGUGAGUCACUGCUGGAUACAUUGUGAAGCAGAUGGGAAUGCCUCUGAAACUGGUGGCCAUGGUGAACUCUAACGACAUCGUUCACAGGACCGUAACCAAGGGGGACUUCUCCAUGGCGGAUACUGUCAAACAAACAUUAGCCCCCGCUAUCGACAUCCAGGACCCGUACAACAUGGAGCGGGUGUUCUGGCUGCUGCUGGGCAGAGACGGAGCUUCAGUGAAGAAGAUGAUGGAGGAGUUUCAACAAUCACACAAACACUCUCUGCCAGAAAACCACCGCAAACUGCUGUCCCAGGUGUUAUCCACUGGAUCAGUGAGUGAUGAAGGCAUCCUGGAGACCAUGAGGAGGUGCUGGGAGGAGAACCAGUAUGUCCUCUGUCCUCACUCUGCUGUGGCUGUGUGGCAUCACUACCACUGUCCCCACAAACCCACCAUCAACAG